ACAUCUAUCAUAGAUUUCAGUUUGAAAUGCAGUCCAGCAUGUCAUAUAACAUAAAACCGAUAGGUGAAAACAGAUAUGAGGUUUACUGCAUAACAAAAUUUGUUCCACAGUACCACAACAGAGCCUAUGAAGUCUAUGCUGAUCCUCCCAAUGAGAAUUACAGAUGCACAUGCUGCAAGUUUGAAAGGGAUGGCAUAGUCUGUUGUCACAUUCUCAAGGCAAUGGUGCAGCUAGGAGUCUGUGAGUUCCCACUGAAAUAUGUCCUCCGCAGAUGGACAUGGAGUGCACAAGAAAAUCUAGUUGAAGAGCUUCCUGGACAACCAGCUGUUAUGCCAGAAGAAUCAAGAAAGAAAAUGUGGCUUUCGGUAAAUUGCAACGAGUUCAAAGGUCUUGCAAUGUGUGGGAAUGAAACAGAAGAUGGCCGGAAAAUAGUUCGCAUGCACAUGAAAGCUAUGAAAAAAGACUUGGCAGCACUAAAAAGAGAAACAGAAAAGAGAGCUAAAAAAGUAGCUACAUCAAGUGCUACAGAUCCUGCAGAAAAUCCAUCUACCCAAACAGCCCAGGCAAAUUGUCCUACACAACAAGUCCCUCCACAGGUACCAAGCACUGGACCCCGAGCACGCAAGCCCCCAUGCCAGAAAAGAAAAUCAACAGGUUCCUCAACAUCUGCGGCGAAUAACAGUACUGCCACAGCUCACAAUGGGGGAUUCACAGAUGCAGAACCUUCAGAAACAUCACAAGCAAACAACAUACGAGAUCCUCGUGUAUCAAACACUAAGGGUAGGAAACGCAAGAAAGCUUUCCAAAAACCACUGGAUAUAGGGAGAAAAGAAAUACGUGUUUGCAAACAGUGUGGUUCCACACAACAUGAUUUCAGGACAUGUACACAGAGAGGAGAGCUCGCAGAUGAGAAUUAAGAAGUACUGAUGAUUUGUUCUUGAAUGUAAAAUGAUCUUCAAUUAUGGGACAUAUUCCAGUUACUGUAAUGUUAUUUGACUCCAUUCCUAUCAAGUUGUUUUAGGCAAAAAUAAUGAGAACUAAUAUCUAUUUAUGUC